GAACUCCUGAGCUCAAGCGAUCCACCUGCCUCAGCCUCCCAAAGUGUUGUGGUGAGCCACUGUGUCCGGUCUGCCUGGUCUCUCGACAUACCCCCUCCCCCAGUCUCUUUGGGCCUCGAAACCAGGGCAAGGCAGGCAAGAGGAGCCACCGGACCUGAUGCCUGUAGCCUGAAAUGCCCCGUGAAAUGGGAGGUGAGGCUCAGAGAAGUCACACAUUAGGGGCUGAGUCUGGGCCAGCAGUCUUGAGGUGUCUACCAGGAUGGCACAUUGCCCCCUACCUCCCAAGUCCUCCCCCCAGCCUCUGUCGGGCUGUCCUCUGGGGCUGGGCUCAGGGUACACACUCCUCCAGGGCUAUCAGGAUUAAAAUGGAGUCCUCAGCCUUAGGGCCACCCCAGGAUUUCCUGGAAAGUCCUUUGGGCUUAGGGAGGGAGGUGAGGGCGUUUUUAGAGCCCCAGAGAUCUCACUAUGCCCCUAGCUGCUCUGGGUGGAAGUCCACACAGAGGGCAGCACCGCGGGAUGCUACAAACAGGCAAUUUGUCAAAGUGUCUAAAAUGAGAUGUUUCUGCUCCUGCAGCCCCUGCUUCUGACUCCCGUUACCACCACCACUCAGCUGCUGACCUCUCUUUCCACAUCCUGCUCAAGCCUUACCAGCACACGCUACCCAGACUGUCCCAGGCUUUCACAGAUAAAUCCGCACAGAGGCUGCCAGGCCCUCAAAGCAACCACAGGGGUUAAGGCGGAGCCAAAGGCCAGCAUUUCUGGAGCUCCCAGGCAAUGCCGUCUGGGUAUGGCACAGCAGGAGAGCCCACGCGGGCUUAGGAGACUGUCAGAUCUGUUUCCUAACUUGGCCUCUACCACAUUCCCAGCUGGGGACCUUAGGCCAGGUGCCUUGGGCUAUUCACCUGUAAAAUGGGGACAGUGAUACCAGCCUCACUGGAGGAUAUGCUAUAGCACAUGACAAAAAGUCCCAUUGACCCAAGGCAGCUUGACACACACGGGGGUCGCUGGGGCAGGAAUGUGGGUAAGGGGUCUUUCCAUUCCUGACUUGGCAAGCUGAAUAAUGAUGGUAACAAGAAACAGCGCAAGGCACUUUAUAAGCAUCUUGCAUCUAUUAAUUCACUUAACACUUCUAUGAGGUAGGUACUAUUAUUUCCAAUUUACUGAGGAGGAUGCUGAGGUUCAGAGACGUGAAGUGUCCCACCUAAGGUGACCCAGCUAAUGAGAGCCAGAGCCUGGCCAGAUAGCCUCCUCCACACCCUUAAGCUCUCUCUGUUCCUGCUGCCUGAGCCACUGUGACAGGCACACUGCUGGGUCCCAGAGGAUUUAGCAGGAGCCAGCUAAGACCAGCCUGGUAGAGAACGACCCAAGUCAACAGGCCCCUGGAUUAGGGAAGGGCCCCAUGAGGGGUUGGCUGGGGACCUCUGAGGUCCCCCUUCUGCGUCCGCAGUUUAGAAAGGCCAUGAUCCCAACACCCACUGAUCAAAACUUCUGAGUCCGUAAGUCUCUGAUUACAACAUCCUUCUAAGGAACAGCCUAUAACCCUAACCCAACCUUUGGGGAGUUCAUCCUUCUAUGAUUCAACAUCCAGGUGUGACAAGGGAGGGCCUAAAAUCUACCCGUCACCCAGCUAGGAGGCACAACAGCCCCAUCUGAAUCCGACUCAAAGGCCCAGGGUGUCUCUCCUGCCCAGGACCCUUAGGUCUGGCUGGAGGGGAGUCUGGAGACCAGGGCAGGAGUGCGGGGCAAGAGCUCAGUUAGACUGAUAAUAAUGGCUCGGGUAGUUUCCACCACAGCUGUGGCUACAACCCACGUGUACUGACCCCUCACCAGGCCGGAGCUGGGGCUCAGGACUGGGCAAAUCUAGGAGGGACAGAGGUAUAAGCCAAACCUUGCCUUCAGGGACCUUCAGACCAGCUAUAGAACCAGACAAGCCCAGGCCCAGUGUGGUCUGGGCUGGGGGCUUGGCUGGAACAGAGCGGGGGCACCACAUAGUCCAGAGACUUCCCAAGGGACAGGAAGGAUGGCACCUGAGGUUCCCUUGCCAUGCCACCUAUAGUCACUGGCCAGCAGCCUUCCUGUUGGGAAAAGGGAGAUGGGGGAGGGAACCUUGCCUGACAUCUCAUCCUGGCCUGAGCUUUGAUCUUGGAGCCUCCCAACUUCCCACCAGGAUUCCACACUCAGGUGGGCUCCCAUCUGGGAGGCUCUGGCCAUAGCAGGCAGCUGUUGGGUUCCCUUCUCAGCUCCUCCCACCCCCAGUGAGGCCUGCCUCAUUAGGGAGGAGAGAAGCAGCCAGUGAGUGUGCCAGGCCCUGUGCUGGGCACUGGGAGUAUGGAGAUGUGUGGGGGCCAAGGUCCUGCCUCUGAGAGGCGCCCAGUCUGCACCGGCACACAGUAGUGGCUCAAAUAGUCUCAAACUAAACUGAAACUAACAAAGCAAAGUGCAGAGGGUGUGGCAGGACUCUGCGGCGCACCCUCCUCUCUUCCCCACGCCUGUGGCUCCUGAUGCCACAGGGGUGCAGGGUAAGGAGAGCCUACUGUUUCCUAAAGGCUCUCACAUCUUGUAAAACCAGCAGUUAUGGAGCACUUACUGUAUGCCUAACUCUGUGUUGAGUGGAGGGCCAAAGAGAACUCCUACUGAGUUUGGGGGGUGGUCAGAGCAGCACCCACAUCAUUGCCUUACAAGAAGGAAGGGGGACGGAGGCUGUUUGACAGGAGGAAUGAGAGGAGACGGGCUUCACAGAUGGAGCAAACUGCCAGGAGAUGUGGAGAACAGGGUGUCGCGAACCGCUCUGGGAGGGUUCCUGGUGGCUGAGGGAGGGGUGGCACGCACCUCCCUUAAAGGGAGCUGGCAGGGGUGUCUUGUCCACUCUGCAGAAUGGGCAGGCCCAAGACAGCUGGCCCAUCAGACUAUUAGAAACAGCGAGUCCGGAGUUCCAGGGGCUUGUCCGCGGUCCACGGCCACACAGCAGCCCGUGGCCCCAGGAAGCCAAAGCUCCCAGCCAGUCAUCCAGUGGUGGGGGGUUUAGUUCCAGGGGGCCAGAGGUCCUCUGCGGGAGAGAGUGCAGGGCAGUAUCCGCGGCAGGCCCAGAGGGGCCAGGACAGGUCAGAAAGGCCUACCCCUCUUUCGCUUGGCACCCUUUCCUCUUUGCGAGGGAUGCAAAGGUUAUUUAUAACCCGGGCCUGCAGGCUGCGGGUGGGGCAGGCACCCCGCCUGGGGCGGGUUGCGGGCGCGGGGGCAGGAACGGGCUUACCUGCUUCCCGCCACCGGGGCUGGGCGGGGCGCUGCGGGGAGGAGGAGCCGGGCACAACCUGUGGACGGCCGCGGCCGGCGGACACACAGCAGCGGGGGCCCGGCCGGGGGUCGCCGGGGGGCCCGGAAGCCGGGGGAGAUCGAGGAAACCAACUUGGAGAGGGGAGUGACCUGGGGGCCGGGGGCGGAGUCGUGAGCGGGGGAGGAGAGAGCCGGCCGCCAGCAAGAGCCGCGCGGCGGCCCAGGAAGCGAGAGCGCCGCCCACCCAUCCGGGGCAAGAGCCGCGCCGCAGGAGAGGCAGGCUGGACCGGGGGCUCCCCGGGCCCGCGACCCCCGCCGUGACCCCGCAGCCCCCAGCCCGCCCCCAAGAUGAUGAAGAGGCAGCUGCACCGCAUGCGGCAGCUGGCCCAGACGGGCAGCUUGGGACGCACCCCGGAGACCGCUGAGUUCCUGGGUGAGGACCUGCUGCAGGUAGAACAGCGGCUGGAGCCGGCCAAACGGGCAGCCCACAACGUCCACAAGCGGCUGCAGGCCUGUCUGCAGGGCCAGAGCGGGGCAGACAUGGACAAGCGGGUGAAGAAGCUUCCCCUCAUGGCUCUGUCCACCACGAUGGCCGAGAGCUUCAAGGAGCUGGACCCUGAUUCCAGCAUGGGGAAGGCCUUGGAGAUGAGCUGUGCCAUCCAGAAUCAGCUGGCCCGCAUCCUGGCCGAGUUUGAGAUGACCCUGGAGAGGGACGUCCUGCAGCCACUCAGCAGGCUGAGUGAGGAGGAGCUGCCAGCCAUCCUCAAGCACAAGAAAAGCCUCCAGAAGCUCGUGUCCGACUGGAACACACUCAAGAGCAGGCUCAGUCAGGCAACCAAGAAUUCAGGCAGCAGUCAAGGCCUGGGAGGCGGCCCAGGCAGUCACAGCCAUACGACCAUGGCCAACAAGGUGGAGACACUGAAGGAGGAGGAGGAGGAGCUGAAGAGGAAGGUGGAGCAAUGCAGGGACGAGUACUUGGCUGACCUGUACCACUUUGUUACCAAGGAGGACUCCUAUGCCAACUACUUCAUUCAUCUCCUGGAGAUUCAGGCCGAUUACCAUCGCAGGUCACUGAGCUCACUGGACACAGCCCUGGCUGAGCUGAGGGAGAACCACGGCCAAGCAGACCACUCCCCCUCGAUGACAGCCACCCACUUCCCCAGGGUGUAUGGGGUGUCGCUGGCAACCCACCUGCAAGAGCUGGGCCGGGAGAUUGCCCUGCCCAUCGAGGCCUGCGUCAUGAUGCUGCUUUCUGAGGGCAUGAAGGAAGAGGGUCUCUUCCGCCUGGCUGCUGGGGCCUCGGUGCUGAAGCGUCUCAAGCAGACAAUGGCCUCGGACCCCCACAGCCUGGAGGAGUUCUGCUCCGACCCGCACGCCGUGGCAGGUGCCCUCAAGUCGUAUCUGCGGGAGCUGCCAGAGCCUCUGAUGACCUUCGACCUCUAUGAUGACUGGAUGAGGGCGGCCAGCCUGAAGGAGCCAGGGGCCCGUCUGCAGGCCCUCCAAGAGGUGUGCAGCCGCCUGCCCCCCGAGAACCUCAGCAACCUCAGGUACCUGAUGAAGUUCCUGGCACGGCUGGCGGAGGAGCAGGAAGUGAACAAGAUGACACCCAGCAACAUCGCCAUAGUCCUGGGACCCAACCUGCUGUGGCCACCUGAGAAAGAAGGGGACCAGGCCCAGCUGGAUGCGGCCUCUGUGUCUUCCAUCCAGGUGGUGGGCGUCGUCGAGGCGCUGAUCCAGAGCGCAGACACCCUCUUCCCUGGAGACAUCAACUUCAACGUGUCAGGCCUCUUCUCAGCUGUUACCCUCCAGGACACAGUCAGUGACAGGCAGGCCUCUGAGGAAAUUCCAUCCACUGCCGUGCCCACCCCAGCCACCAUCCCGCCUCCGGCUCCAGCUCCAGCUCCAGUUCCAGCCCCAGCCUUGGCUUCAGCAGCUACCAAGGAAAGGACAGAGUCUGAGGUGCCCCCCAGACCAGCCUCCCCCAAGGUCACCAGGAGCCCCCCGGAGACAGCUGCCCCAGUGGAGGACAUGGCUCGGAGGAGCACUGGGAGCCUGGCCGCUGCGGUGGAGACGGCCUCGGGACGCCAGGCCCUGGUGGUGGGCAAGCCCAGCCCCUACAUGUUCGAGUGCAUCACGGAGAACUUCAGCAUCGACCCCGCACGCACGCUUAUGGUGGGUGACCGCCUGGAGACCGACAUCCUCUUUGGUCAUCGCUGCGGCAUGACCACUGUGCUCACACUCACAGGAGUCUCCCGCCUAGAAGAGGCCCAGGCCUACCUAGCGGCCGGCCAGCACGACCUCGUGCCCCAUUACUAUGUGGAGAGCAUCGCAGACUUGACAGAGGGGUUGGAGGACUGAGCCCAGUGCCCCUGCAGCCACAGGCCCACCCCUCCCCACUCCCCGAUCCCGUAGGUGGAGGCAAUGGGUCACGAUCUGUGUUAUGCACAACCGGCUCCUUGGCCCAGUUCUGCACCGGGGUGGCGCUGGGACCCGGGGAAGGUUUGAGGGCCCUUGCAACCCCCUCCCAGCAGUGGCUGGGCACUCUUUGCUGCCCCAGAAGCUGGUCCCCUAUGGAUUCAUCUUGGCCCGACCCAGCUAGGUGGCCUUAUUUCUUGCCCUGUCACCUUCCCUCCUUGAAAUCUGGGCCCUGGUGCCCGCUGAAGAUUUCCUCUAUCCCUGAGCAUUUAGUCUUCUCCCCCUUCCCUGGGGCUUCUAGAGCUCUCUCUGCCCCUCAGGUCCUGGCCCCUGGGUCCUUGUCAACCAGAGGUCUAGGGAACCACAACCCUUAUUGUCCUGAGUGGACCAAUCCAAAGGCUAAGUGAUAGUGACUCAUCAAUGCUGGGUCCUGCGGGGUACCAGUUUAGGUUUCUACGUAACUGACCCUUUCAUGUCCUGGAGCCCAAGUGGACCAAUCGGAAGCCUAAGUGACGAUGACCCUCGCAUGUCCUAGGUCCCUGGGUGGACCCAUCCCGACCCCAAGUGAUAGUGACCCAGUGGUCUUUUAGAUCCUCAGUAGAACAGUCCGGAAGCCUGCGAGACAGUGGCCUCUUGAUAAUCUGGGUUUCAUGGGACCAGCCAGGGGUCCAGGUUUCAGUCAGUAAAUAAGAGUGGUCCACGUCCUAAAGACACCCCUCCUCUACAAAGACUUGUGAUGCUCUGGGGCUUCUGUGGCCAAGCCCCACCCUUUCCUGGUCAUGGUACCCGUACAGUGUUGAUGGCCACAGCUCAAAGGGGGGCUUUCGUGUCCUCCUGUGCGGUCAGUGUUUUCAGUACCACCUCUCUUCCGUGCCCACUCUCGGCUAUUUACUUAUUUAUUGUGUGCCAGUGAUGGUGGGUGGGGGCUGGGCCUUCCCCGCCACCUCCACCCCUGUUGUGACCUGUCCUUCCGUACUUAAUAAAGUGCGCGUGGGAGUGUUC